AUGAGGAUAAACAUUCUGUACACUACUGUUAUCCUGACGAGUCGCUCGUCAGAGCUGGUUUCUCUUGCACAUCCACCUCCCUUCUCGCUUCUUCCUUGUUCCUGCUCCCUUGUUCUCCUCCUCAUUUUCAACUUUCCUCCUCCUGCUCUCAUCCCAUUGGAAUCAACAGCCCUCCUCGAUCACAGCGGCCCGCUCAUCAGUGCCAGUUUCUCUUGCACCCGCAUUGCACCCUCUCAUACCUCCAUCGAUCCUCUUGCUGGGCUGGAUGGUGUAGUGGGCAUUGUAUUGUUGUUGCUGGAGGCGGUGGGUGUUAUUGUCUCUCGGUUGGUGUUGCAGGGCUUCUUCCUUCUUCCUGCUUGUCUCUAUCCCUCGUUCUCCUCCUCGUCUGCUUCCCUCAAGGCUCCUCCUGCUGUUGUCCAUUGUCCACACUUGUCUGAGCCACGUCAGCAGUUGCUGACGUGCACUGGGCGUUUGCGCAUGGUGGACAUGGUGUAUGGAACAGCGUGGUGGACAUGGUGGGCAUUGUCAAUGCAACACCUCGAGAUUGUGGUUGAACCCGGUUCAAACGCGAACCAGACCUCCCGAACACGUUCAGCGGUGUUCGGUCCAGAGUUUGGCCAACAGCUGAACCUGAACCUAGGCUAG